UGAGUGGUACAGUAUCAAGUGGCAUUGAAUGGCAUGAAUGAUGCGUUUUGUAUGCAGUCUGAAUGUUUGUUUUCUAACGAAUUUCAAUCACACAAAUGUGUGAAAUAAAUGAAAAUGUCUUUAGAUCAGACAGUUUGUGAAGAUUUGAAAGCAUUUGAAAGACGUCUGACUGAAGUAAUUGCGAGCUUGCAACCGGCUACUCUGCGAUGGAGAAUGCUUCUGGGUUUUAUUUCUGUUUGCACUGCUGUUGGUGCAUGGCAUUGGCUGACAGAUCCUAAUACAUCUGCUGUAUCAUUUACACAAAGUCUAUGUAAUCAUCCAUUUUUUGCAAUUGCCAGUGUUAUCCUAGUGAUAUUAUUCAUGAUGGGAGUUCACAGACGUGUAAUAGCACCAAGUAUUAUAACACAGAGAGCUAGAAGUGUUCUUGGUGAUUUUAAUAUGAGUUGUGAUGAUACUGGAAAACUCAUUCUUAAACCUACAAGACCACCACAUCCACAUGAAACUUAAAGAUGAAUGUGUAAAUUUACAUUAAUUCCUAAAGUGUUCAUUUAUACCUGAAUUAUUGUACAGA